AUGGUGAAUGCUACAGAAGAUAAUUUCACAGAGGACUAUGAGAAGUUUUUAGAAAUACUUGCUGAUGCUGAGAAGCCCCUGUAUCAAGGAUGUCCUAACUUCACAAAGUUGUCCACACUAGUUCAACUACUUAACUUGAAGAGUAAGCAUGGAGUCUCAGAUAAGUUCUUUACUGAACUUCUAGUUUUGUUGAAAAGGAUGCUACCUGAAGGUAACGAAAUGGGGAAAAAUACAUAUGAGGCCAAAAAGACAAUGAAGGCAAUGGGUUCGGAAUACACAAAGAUACAUGUAUGCAUCAACGACUGCAUUCUUUACAGGAAGGAGUACAAAGACUCUAUAGUAUGUCCAACUUGUGGGAAGUCAAGGUGGAAGGUAGAUGAGAACAAUAAAAUAAUGUAUGAAAAUAUUCCUGCAAAGGUAAUGUGGUACUUUCCCAUAAUACCACGACUGAAACGACUCUUUCAAGCUAAGAGUAUCGCAAAAGAUUUACUAUGGCACACCACCAGUUCCAAAAAACCCGGUGUUUUACGCCACCCAUCAGAUUCACCUGCAUGGCAAGCCAUAGAUAACAAAUUUCUUGAAAUUGCUAACGAUCCAAGAAAUCUUCGGCUUGGUAGUUCCACGGAUGGGGUUGAUGUAAAUAGAGGUAACAGAAAUCACAGUGUUUGGCCGGUUUUAUCUGUCAUUUACAAUCUUCCGCCUUGGUUGUGUAUGAAAAGAAAGUUCAUCAUACUUUCAGUGUUAAUAUCGGGAACACCUGGAAAUGAUAUUGAUGUGUUUUUGGAUCCUUUGAUUGACGAUCUAGAACUCUUAUUUGAAGAAGGAGUUGAAACAUAUGAUGCCUAUGCACAAGAAAAGUUUAUUCUACGUGCAGUUGUUUUAUGGACGAUUAAUGAUUACCCUGCUCUUGGUACAUUGUGUGGCUGCCCCUAUAGUGGAUUCCAUGGUUGUGUAGUGUGUCGAAAAGAAACUCACUGCUGUAGACUUCCUUUCUCAGCCAAGCAGUGUUAUGCUGGUCAUAGAAGAUAUCUACCAUAUAACCAUCCUUUCAGAAAGCAAACGAAGGCGUUCAAUGGAAAGGAAGAGUGGGGAACUACUACAAAUCCUAUGACCGGAGAAGAAAUAUUCAACGAAGUUAAAUACAUUAAGAAUAAAUGGGGGAAAGGAUUUAAGGAUAAAGAAUCAGAAAUCCUAGAAACUUCGACCGGAAGAGGGGGGAAGACAGUUAAAAGAAAAAGGAAAACAUCAAAAGAGGGUGAUAGUUCAAAUUCUAGACACAAAGAACCGACCUAUUGGAAGAAAUUCAACAUAUGGAAAGGAAAGACGAAAGAUGGAUUGAAUGCUCGAUUGGAUCUGGCGCAUUUUGGGUUAAAAGAAGAGUUGCAGGCUAAAACACACGGCAACAAAACAAUACUUCCUGCAGCAUGUUACUCAUUAACGAAAGAUGAAAAAGACAAGUUUUGUGAAGCAUUAUACAACUAA